AUACUCGAUCAAUCGCGCAUAUUAUCUAGUAUUAUUUGUCGUGUCGUGUCGUCGUGUUUGUUCCUGUCAACAGUGCGAUCGUGAUAUUCUUAAUUGAAGGAAUCCACUCUUUUUUAAUUUCUGUCUCGUCCAUCCUGUGGGAACUCACUUGGGCAGGUGCGAAGGAAGUGAAGAAAUUAAUGUGAUUUAUUCCUCGGACAAUCGCAAAUAUAUUAUCAAGAUGACUGUCAUUACGAAGGCAAUCACUGAAAAGAAGACAGGGGAUAAUUUGGAGCAGCCAUUAGUUGUCGUCCAAGUUCCAACGCAGGUGAAUUCAAAGAAUGAUCCGGAAGCUCAGCGUCCGCCAAAGAAGGACCUGGCUGGUCAUUACUUGAUUUUGCAGCAUCAUGCUCUCCGGCCCAGCGCGAUGACGACAAUGUGUCUGUUCAUCACUGCCAUCCUCGUAAUGAGUAUCGGCAUUAUUGGUGGAGUGUACAUCUACAGGCAGUAUGGAAGAGCCCAGAUGCACAGGCUGCGUACCGGAUGGUACAGCAUCCCCUACGACGGAACCAGCAACAAGGCCCAAUACACCAGAGACGAAAUUCAUCAAGGACUUCUUGCCGACUCUGAUCUCUUCAAGAGUCUGCCAAGGGCGACCGAGCAGGAGGCCUUGGAUCUUGAGCAAUCCCUGCACAACAAAAUGAAGAGCUUCUUCAAGGAACGAUUCGAAAUUGACCUGGAAAAUGACAACUACGAGAAGAUUGACGUUCCCGAUUUCAGUGAGGGUCGCCAGGGUCGUUUUAUUCACGAUUUCAACAUCAACAAGACUGGAAUUAUUGAUAUCGAUGGAAGAUGCUGCUUCGUCAUGCCUCUGAAUCGCCAACGGGUCUUGCCUCCUCGCAACAUGUACGACCUUCUCAGCAAAAUGUACAAUGGAUACUAUGAAGUGAACACAGAGGUUGUUCGUGAGACGAUGAGGGUUCAAACUCCUGCCAUCAGCGAUCUUUCAACCGUCGGAACUUAUAUUGCUCGAGAGUGCCAAAACUUACCAACAUACAUGCUAGAGAAAGUCAAUACCAAUGGAAUUACAAAGCGCAGCAUAUCGGAGGCUCGCGUCUUCCGUCAAUUCGCAGGUAAAACGAUCCUCGAGUUAAAUAUCGUCUACUGAGGACAAUAAAAAAAAGAAAGAAAACCUCGAGAAUACAGAGUCAUCACUUUAAGAAGCAUUAGUAGAAUAGUAAGUAAGUAAGUAAGUAAGAAACUAGGGUUUGCUGUUUCACGAUGUUUGGAAACCGUAUUAACGAUCGUGUGCUAUAUGGUCUUAUGGGUGUAAUAUCUAGUAUAAUCUACUCAAUCUCAAUUAUCAUUUUUUUGUUAAAAAGCAUUUUGCCCAAACCAAAAGAAAUAUGAGCAGAGCAUCAGUACAUGCAUACCUAAAUGUUUUGCACAUUUCGCCAUUCCUUUGAUACUCCUCGCCCAAGAUUUUAAUAUAUUAUUAUAAUCAUCAUCUUUAGAGUUUCUUAGAAUCCUUUUUAUAAGAUUUAAGUUGUAAUUUUAAUGGACUGAAAAAAGAAUGGUAUUAUCGAAUAUGUAAUUUUUACUCCUCCUUGGUUCAAAUAUAGGUACAUGUAAUUAAGUAUAAAUAAUUUAGCGAUGUAGCCUAGAAAUUUCCUGAUGCGAUACACAAAGCUUUGCCUAAUGUCCCUGUAGAAAACAAAAUUCGGCAAUUGAAAUCAAUUGAUUUGAAGAGAGGACAAUUCUUAAAUGUAAAACUGCAAUUAGCAAUUUUAUCUUUUAGUUUAAUAGACGCAAUGAAUGAUCAGAACUAUUAAUUGAGAAAUUCAAAACUACCGUUAAUCCGCACUGCGUUCAAUCGAUUUCAAUGGAAUCUUUUUUUUUUUUUUGCGGGGAUAAUAGGAGGCAGGAUACGAAACAAAAACUCACAACUGCAUGUUUGUACAUCAAUUGUUUCCCCGAUAGAUUAUCGCAAGAAAGAUAUAAUGA